AUGGGAGUGAAGGGUUCCCAUGAUGCCAUCUAUAUAGUUGCCAAAUUUUAUCAAUAUCUGCUCGGCUUAAGAGCAAAAACGUAUGAGACAUCUAUGGAGUGUUCUUGUCCUAAUAAUCAAAUUAUAGAUAUGGCAUCCUCUAAUAAAAUAAUCUAUUCCCUGGUGAUAUUCUUAUCAAUGGUAUACAAAUCCACAAGCAUAAAUUGCUACUACUGUAAUAGUGCUAAUAACACAGCGUGUUUGGACGUCAAUAUAUACGAUGAGGAAGUGCGCUCGCGCAUCGUACCGAUAGUGGACUGCAAUACCGCCAUCCCUAAUGCCAUUUCUUACAAUUUCUUCUGCAGAAAGAUUGUGCAGACCAUCUUUCAUCCUCAUCGAGAAUCUGAAGUAAGGGUGACACGUGGCUGCGGAUGGGUGCGGAGUGAGAAGGCGGACUGUUAUAAGGAUGACAAUAGUGACCACCUAGGCACAGUGUGCCAGUGUUUCAAUGACCUUUGCAACAGUGGAGAUACUCCCGACCCUUCAGGGAUAGCUGUUCUCUUCAUAGCCUUAGCUGUCUCCCUAUAUUUUUACCGUCUA